AUGUACUCAGAGCAGGAGAUGCGCAUGCGACAGCAGCUGCCGUACGGAACUAUUAAAAGAAGUGAGCGAUCUGCUUGCUUUUCCUGCUGCGACAAAGUCCCAGAGAGUCCCUACGGCAACUUCCCUGAUCCCAAGGGGAUGGCCCCCACGGAGAACGGCUACUUUCCCCUUGGCAUGGGCCCAAUUCCGGUGGCUCCGUCACCGAAGGGGGCCCCUUUUCCCAUGCCUGUGCCUGGAGGACAGAGCUCCGGCACCUAUGGAGGCUAUGGAGUGAAUCCAUUCCACACGGGUGCUGGCUCCAUGGGCCCUGGGUAUCCGCAGCAAGGGCCACACGGCCAGUACGGACAUGGUGGAUACCAACAGCAGAAGGUUCAGCCAUUCUACUCGCCAGGAGGUUACUACGGACAUGGCGCGAUGAACUCAUUGGUUCAACGAGGAUACUAUCCCACGGCACGGCCAGGUCGAAGCCGGAAAGGGAAUUCGUGCUGCUAA